AAGGUGAAGAAGGGCUGGACGAUCGAGACCUUCCUCAACAAGUGCCGCGAGCAGGUCAAGGAGCUGCGCAACUGCUCCCCGGGCGACCUGAUGUACGUCAAGGAGGACCUGAUCCUGCCCCACUCGACCUCGUUCUACGACCUUAUCGUCAACAAGGCGCGAGGCAAGUCGGGGCCUCUCUUCCAGUUCGACGUGCACGACGACGUGCGGCUGGGGCCUGUGGACUCGCGGGUGGAGAAGGACGAGAGCCACGCGGGCAAGGUGAUGGAGAAGCGGCUGUACGAGCGGAAUAAGGAGAAGUUCCCGUACUCGCGCUUCGAGGUGUACGACCCGACGAAGAGGUUCGACACAUACACGGUGCACGGCUCGGAGACGUUUGGCGAGGGGGUCGACACAGGCGGCGUGGGCAUCCUCAGGCCCGAGCGAUGAGAGUGACGGUGCGGUGCACC